AUGAGUAGCACCACUAAAAGUGCGGUGAGUACGACAAGCUUGAAGAAAGAGUACUCGUGGACAGAUCUCUACGGUAACGAGUACCUCUACUACAAGGAUCCGAUGAGGGAAGCCGUUUCAUUCGUCCUCUUACAAGAGUUAUGCGAGCGCUUAGCCUUCUAUGGCCUCACGCCGAACCUGCAGACCUUCCUCAAGGAGUAUUUGGGCUAUACCGACUCCACAGCAAACUCCUACAUAUCGUCAUUCAACUCUAUCUUGUACGUGACGCCUCUGAUCUCAGCUGUGCUCUCGGACACCCUUCUUGGUCUGUACUAUACAAUAGUCAUAUUUUCAUUCGUGUAUAUGGCUGGUCUGGCUCUGUUGACGGUCUCCUCUGUGAAAUCUAUCAGUCAGGCCUGGAUGGUCCAUCUAUCUCUACUCGUUCUGAUCGCCUCUGGCGCUGGUGGUAUCAAGAGCUGUGUCAACGUCAUGGGAGCUCAGCAGUUCCACCCCGAGCACCACAGAGAGCUCAUAACGCGAUUCUACACCUACUUCUACGCUGCUAUCAAUCUCGGCUCGAUAAUCGGUGGAAUUGUCACUCCAAUUCUGCUGGAGGAGGCUGGCUUCACCGCGAGCUUUGCGUUCCCUCUGGCAUUCUUUAUACUGGCGACGACGCUUUUCAUCGUUGGUAAUCUCAUGGACCGUUAUGUGAAACCAAAACCACAAGGCUCGGCGGUUCUGCAAAUCUUGAAGGUUGUGAUUUACUCGGUGUUUCGAUGCUCACUGGAGAAAAAUAAGGUCUCCCGCGGAGGGAAAUUUGAGGACAAUUUCAUUGAGGAUGCGAAGGCUGUAUUCAUGUUAUUACCAAUGUUUAUUUUGAUCAUACCGUUCUGUAUGGCUUACAACAAUAUGACCACCGCCUUCCUCACCCAGGCUAAGAAAAUGAAGCGUGAUACGUUCGGUUGGAACAUGCCCCCCGCGAUGAUUCAAAACGUGGAUCCUAUAGCCGUUGUUAUCAGCUCGUUUGUGAUCGAUUCUCUGCUAUUUCCUUUUCUAAGGAAACACAAAGUCAUGCCCGAGCCUUUGGUGAGGUUUUCUAUAGGCUCGCUCUUCGGCGCUAUCGCCCUCGGCUGUGCUCUAGUGGUUGAAUAUGAGAUCAAAUCGAAACCCUUAUUCACGGUAUCAGUGUGGUAUCAGGUUCCGCAGUUCUGGAUGAUCGCUCUUGGUGAAAUAUUCCUCAUGUCAACUUCUUAUGAAGUGGCCUUUACGUAUUCCCCGGUUUCACUUAAAGCGGUUGCCUCAGCAUUCAACUUGUGCUUUUUUGCUAUUGCCAGUGCUCUUUCUGCGGUGCUGUUCUCACUGUGUCAGUCGUGGUUGCCGGAUUUCGAUGCAACAAAACCUACAGAUGGUUCGCAUAAAGAUGCCCAUUAUGACUACUAUUACUAUCUACUUAUUGGUCUCUGUCUAUUGGGCUCGAUAGCGGCUCUAUUGAGCGUUCCUUAUUUCAAUAAGGUUAAGAAGAUAAGCGCCCAACGACAAACCGCGGUAGAUAGACGGUCGAGACCUUCGUCCUCAUCGAGUUUCGGGGAGUCUGUUGGUGCCACGGAAGGAGCUCUACGAAGAAGGUCGGUAGCGUCAAUGGCUUGACCACAUUCUCCAGAGUGUGAUUAUGAAACACUACUACUACUAUUAAGGAUUUCACCCGAGUUUU